AUGGAGAAGGACCAAUUUCGUGGUUGCUUAGUUGGGGGUUUGCUGGGGGAAUGCUUGUGCGUUCCCUUGAAGGCGUAUCAUGGUAUUGUUCACAAGGUUGCGCAGUUGUUCGUUGAUACACGAGACUACCGCUCUUAUCGUGAGAAGACUGUCUUAACAAACGCGCUGGGUAAUGCAUUGCUGAAUGAUGGGGGUUAUGAUGCAGUGUCUGCCGCUCGAGCGUGCGUUGAAGCUUAUUACAGCGCACAUCCCGUCAUACGUUCGGCUUUCGGGAAGCUUAAGGAUAUAAUACAUCACUGGAAGUGGAGCAAUUACAACACCUUUGACACAUUACCGAAAAACAUUGUACCGAAAACGUUCCUCAAGGGAUACGGCCCAGCUGCGUGGAUUUCAGCGUACCCACUAUACUUUAGACAUCAGACAGAGCUGAUGAUCCGCAACGUUCGUAGCGUUGCCGAACUCACACAUCCCGCAAUGGAAGCUUACGGAGCAUGUGAACUUCAAGCCUACGCUAUUGCAGUAGCAUUACAAUACCCCUACUUUACUCCAGAACAGUUUCUGGACAUGCUAAUCACGCUGUGUGACUCCGGCAUUAACCUUCAGCUGUAUCAACCAAAACUAGUACAUUUAAAAACACUGCUGUCUGAAGAAACGAGUGUUGUGGUGAAAGCCCUUGGUAAUGAUUCCGCGGGACUGGAAGCUGUACCUAUGGCUAUUUACUGCGUACUAAAAGGAACCAGUCUAGCGCCUGAAAAUGCUUUUGAAGCGACCAUGGCGCUUACAAUACGGGUUGGUGGAUGCACUGACGGAAUUGCAACCUUGGCGGGUGCUAUUGCCGGAGCUUGGCACGGUCUCAAAAGUAUACCGCAGGCAUGGCUCCAACUGUGUGAUGGAUACAAGAACAGCAUUAUGCUCGCCGACAAACUUGCCGAACACGCCAGCAACACCCUAACCAAUCGCGAAAUAUAUGAUUUCGGCAAUUACGACACUUUAGAGUCACGAUUGGAAUCGUUCAAAGGAUGGCCACAUCUAAAACCCUCACCCAUGGAACUAGCUGGAGAUGGAUUUUUUCAUUUUGGCACACAAGAUUGUGUUCAGUGUUAUUACUGCAACUGUAAACUUAGAGAUUUUGAGCCUCUCUCUGAUCCCCGUUGGGAUCAUUUAUGUAAGAAGCACAACUGUCCUGCCUCCAAUGGUCCUGAUAAUUUAUAUUUUCACUUGUAA